CUUUACUGAUCUGUUGUUUGCGAGAAACUGAGAGAAACAGAAUGGGAACGAGAACAAAUUUCUACAAGACGCCUUCUCUCUCUUACAAAAAAGACUUAAAUCUCUCCUCCGCUCUUCAAAACCUAAAGGCUUAUAACAUCGCCACCGGUAAUGCUCCUUUAACUACAGAAGAAGAAGAUGAGCAACAACCUCGCGGCGACAGCAAAAUUGCCCGCCCGAAACGACAACGUAUUCAGAAAAAUCCACAGCACAAUAAGCACGGCCAUGCGAUUGAGGAGAAUGAUGAACCGAUGUCUCACCUGGAUUACAUAAAUAAGAGAAGGAAAGAAGUUAGCUCAUCUAAUCAGUCGUAUGAAAAUUUAACUUCUGAUGUUCUAGUGCAGGGAAAUACGAUCUCUGUUUUAAAUUUGGUAAAUUAUGGAAGUGAUUCUUCGGAAUCUGAAGAGAAGGAGGGUUCCUCAGGUUCUAGACAGGAUGAUACCUUGCAUUCUGAUCAUCCAAAUGAAGUUGAUCGAGUGAAGUCUAGAAGUGAGCAACGGUAUCCUGUCCCAGGAGAGCCUGUUUGUUUGUUAUGUGGAAAAUAUGGUGAAUAUAUUUGCAAUGAGACCGAUGAUGAUAUCUGCAGCUUGGAAUGCAAAGCUGAGCUUCUGCAAAGUCUGAAACUUGCUAAGGGUCCAGCAAGCAAUCAACAACUCGAUGUCUCUUCAUCUGGAUUCAAAUGUGCCUUGCCAAUGCCAUUGCUUGGAGAGGACACGUGGGACUAUAAUCGCCAUCGCUGGUCCAAAAAGAUAUCUAAUCUUUGUGCUUAUGAGUGUUGGAAAUGUCAGAGGCCUGGACACCUUCCGGAAGACUGUUUGGUGACAACAUCUAAUCAGGUGGCAGUGGGGAAUAAGAACUCUGAUUCCAUAUCCAGAGAUCUUCUUGGACUUUAUGGAAGAUGUCAUCAGAUUGGUAAAAAAUUGUCUGGAGCAAACUGCAAUACCUGCCGCGGUUCCUUAAGUUUGGCAACUUGCCUUGAUUGCAGUAUGAUCCUCUGUGACAAUGCAGGCCAUUUACAUGAGCAUAUAAGGGCACAACCAUCCCAUCAGCAAUAUUACUCUCAUAAACUCAAGCGUUUGGUCAAAUGCUGCAAAUCAACAUGCAAGGUGACUAGCAUUAGUGAUCUUUUGGUUUGCCACCACUGUUUUGAUAAAGCCUUCGACAAGUUCUAUGAUAUGUAUACUGCAACUUGGAAAGGAACUGGACUUUCCAUUAUCUCUGGCUCUAUUUGCUGUGAAGAUCACUUUGAAUGGCAUAGGAUGAAUUGCUUGAGUGCAGGUGUAGAGGACAGAGCAUAUAUCAUUGAUAAGAAUGCCAAUAAGAAAUGUGUUCAACUUAGUGACUUCAUUUUCUGAUCUAAUGGGGUCGUGGAGCAAAGGCGUUGCUACCUCACUCCCUUUUGAUCAGACACCGAUGCUGAAUUCUAUUCGAAUUUGCAGCAUAAGAAACCAUGCAAAUCAAAUUCGAGGCAUGCAAGGAUGUCAGGCAGAAAGGUUGUUUCACUUUAGGAUUGAUUAUUUUAUGGGUAGGUAUGCAGUGACAUUAGUGUGAUAAAAAUGGGAAAAGAGAUUUAAAUGUUCUAAGUGUUAUUUUCUUUUUUUGGGCUUGGCUGGCUGCCGCACCAGUCAAUGCUUGCAUGAGCGGAGUCUUGAAAGAUCAUCUAUAUGCUGAAUGUCGUGAAUUCUUAUGGCAUUAACCAUGCCUAUAUGUAACUAGAGAAAGCUUUGUUUGAACAGAUGUAAAUUGCUAGGGUAUUUUUCAAAAAUAUAGCAAGUCUGCCCUAAUCCCAUUUUCCCU